AAUGAAAGAAGUGGAGAUGAAGGGGAUUAGUACAAGCAGAGGCCCCAGAGACCAGUGAGGAAUCCAGAAAAGUGUAUAGUUAGUUCAGGGGAGGGAAGCCUGAGGCCUGAAAUCUUUUCCAGCAGCUUGUCACUAGGCAGAGUGCCGGGAGGAGGGGGAGGGGAUCAGAACUAGAUGGGGAAGCAAAGUGCAGGGAUGAUUCCAGUUCUGAGAAGACAAAGGCUCUUGGUUUCAUUCCUUUAUUAAGCAACUGUUCUGGGGACACAGCUGUGAACACUUAAAAGGAGAAAACAGAUAAGUUCACUUGUACUGUACUUCAGAUGGUGAUAACUGCAUCAUAGGACAAUAUUGUGGAGAAGGGGAGGUUGUGGUGGAGAGUGUCUAGGGUAGGUUUAUUUUAUAGAGGGUGUGUUAGGGAAGCUUUUCUAAAAAGAUAUUUGUACAGAAAUCUGAGGAAAGUGAGAGUGACCCCUGCAGUUAUAUGAGGGGAAAGCACUCCAGACGGGGGACAUGUUCAGUUAGACGUUCAAGUAAAGAUGUUGAACGGAGAACUGGCAACACUAGUCUGAAGUUCAUGGAAGAAGUUUGGGCUGACAUAUUUAAAACCAUGAGAGUGGAUGAGAUCACCUAGGGAGUGAGCAUAAACGGAGAAGAGGAGAGAAUUUUCCAAGUUCUGGACAUUAUAGUGUCAAGAGGUCAGAAAGAUAGGGAUUACCAGCAAGUAAGACCAAGAACAAACAGCCAGUGAGGUGGGAGAACCAUGUUCCAGUGUAUUUGGGAACCGAGUGGAGAACAUGGCCAAGCCAAGAUGAAGUCAUUAAAUUUGUCAAAUUCUGCUGAUCAAUACGAAGAUCAUUGGUGACCUUGGUCAGAUCAGUUUUGAUAGAGAGUGGGGGACAAAAGCCCCCACUUGAAGCGAAAUUGAAGAGAGAACAGGAAAGAAGGGAUUGGAGACUGAGUAUAGACGACUUGAGGUGUUGUGUUGCCCUAGGAAACCGCUGGAGGGAGAUGCAGUGGAGCUGGAAGCGUGUGGGGUCUAGUGAGGGUUUUGUUUUGUUUUUUAAGAUGGAGAAAUAACAAUAUGUGUUUAUCCUGAUGGGAAGAAUCCAGUAGAGAGGAAGAGAUUGAUGGUGCAGGAGAUGUAGGAAAGGAGAGGAAUGCUGGAAUUAUGUCCCUGAGCAGGCAGGAGAGUUUGGAGGCUGGAGCCUUCAGUCAGUCUCUGGGGAGAGACUGGGUUGGACUGAGCCCUGGUAGAGUCAGGGGUGAGUGUCCUGACACUGGCCUUGGAUGACCACUAGAAAGAUGACUCUAGGGGACAGACCAGGGAUUGGCUUGGAUUUGCUGAAGUUUCCCUCUGCUCACCAAAAGCUGAUUCUAAUUUGGAUUUGAGCAGAUGGCCCCGGGAGAGAGAGCAUUCCAGGUGGAGGGACAAGCAUAAGCAAGGGGCCUGCAGGCAUUCAAACUGACUGAGGCCCAAUCCCAAUGGGCUGGAGGAAGUGGAUGGAGCCAGGAGGGAGGGGCGGGGUGAGACUGAGAAAAUGCCAUAGGUAGAAGGCAGGUAGAAGGUAGUGAGACCCCCUCACCUGUCAUCCUGGCAGCUGAGGCUACACUGUACCAAACUCCCAGUCUGGGUGGGCGCUGAGCACAGGGAUUAGAAGAAUCAUGAAUAGGGGCUUAGGCCUUGCUCUCAGAAGCUCACAGUCUAAGGGGAUUUGAGUAACCACCAUCUAGCUGGGUGUAUGAGACUCUUCCUCCUGCUUUCCCCCAGUCCAGCUUGCUUGGAAGUCGACCGUGUGGGGAGUUGGAGUGACCCAGCUGGAUGUGACCACCAGGACAGAAUGGUGCUGGACUCAGGGGCUCAGGUGUAUGAGCAGGCACCCCCCAGCCCACCAUCCAGUCCCUCAUCCUUGGGCCACAGGCUGAGGCCCUCAGACCGAGAUGGGACAGCACUGUACCCCUGGCCUCGGUCCCUGGCCUUGCCCCUGGCUCUCUCAGUCCGCUCAGCCCUGCGGCCCCGGCCUGAGCCGCAGCCCUUCUCAGAGCUGCACUUGGGCCACCGUGGCCACAUGCGUCGCAGUGAGAGCACCUACACCAUAAACAGUAUUGGCCGGCGGGGGGGCAGCACCCAGGGUCGGGCGCCACCUGGACAGGGACGGGACCCAGGUGGGGGCACCCUGCGGCCUGCGGCCUCCCUGCCUCACAUUGCUAAGACUCGCAAGGGUGCAGGCCGUGGUGCCAGCAAGAGCCCCUGCAUGUUGGUGGCCCUGCGGCCAACCAACAUGGACCGUGAGCGGGACAAGUUCUUCCAGUCCCAUUACACCUACAACCCACAGUUCGAGUAUCAGGAGCCCAUGCCUACGGCUGUGCUGGGGAAGUACAGUGAGGCCUCUGGACAGUUCCUCCAUCAGGCGGUUGGCAUCAUUGAGGCUGUCCUGGAGAAGUUUGGUACCUAUGAACGCUUUGAGGCUGCGACUGGGGGCCAGCUGCUGACCAAGUGCCAGAUCUGGUCCAUUGUGCGCAAAUACAUGCAGAAGGAGGGCUGCGCUGGGGAGGUUGUGGUGCAGCUGAGUGAGGACCUGCUGUCCCAGGCAGUGAUGAUGGUGGAGAACAGCCGACCAACAUUGGCCAUCAACCUGACUGGAGCCCGCCAGUAUUGGUUGGAGGGCAUGCUGCGGCACGAGAUAGGUACCCACUACCUGCGGGGCGUGAACAACGCGCGGCAGCCGUGGCACAGCGCCGAGGGCCGGCUGCAGUAUGGGCUGAGGCCAGCGAACCCCACCGAGGAGGGCCUGGCCAGCCUGCACAGUGUGCUGUUCCGCAAGCAGCCCUUCCUGUGGCGCGCCGCGUUGCUCUACUACACCAUCCACCGCGCCGCGCACAUGUCCUUCCGCCAGCUGUUCCAGGACCUGGCGCGCUACGUGCAGGACGCCGACGUGCGCUGGGAGUACUGCGUGCGCGCCAAGCGCGGCCAGACUGACACCUCGCUGCCCGGCUGCUUCAGCAAGGAUCAGGUGUACCUGGAUGGCAUCGUGCGCAUUCUGCGGCAUCGCCAGACCAUCGAUUUCCCGCUGCUGACCUCGCUGGGCAAGGUGUCCUAUGAGGAUGUAGAUCACCUUCGGCCCCAUGGGGUGCUGGACAAGACCCGGGUGCCCCACUUCAUGCAGGACUUAGCACGCUACCGGCAGCAGCUGGAGCACAUCAUGACCACCAACCGGCUGGAUGAGGCAGAGCUGGGCCGCCUGCUGCCUGAUGACUGAUACUGCUUGAGGGCUACAGGCAGGGGCCCUGGAAAGAGGGCUCCAGAUCAGCCCCCAGAACAUGAAGCUGGCUGCUCUGUGC